AUGAAGGUCAAUUGGCUAAAGUUCUCGGCACUGGCUGCUCUGGUCAAUUGCGCACUGGCAAAGCAACCAAACAUACUCUUCAUCAUCACUGACGACCAGGAUGGACACAUGGGAUCAGUCGAGCACAUGCCACUUCUCAAGAAGCACCUGAUCGACAAGGGAACUUCUUUCGAAAAUCACUUCUGCACUAUCGCCAUCUGCUGUCCUUCAAGAGUCAAUCUCUGGACUGGAAGAGCUGCUCACAACACUAACGUGACUGAUGUUGGACCGCCGUAUGGAGGUUAUCCCAAGAUUGUGAAAGAGGGCAUUAAUGACGACUAUCUCCCUGUGUGGAUGCAAGCUGCCGGAUACAAUACUUACUACACGGGCAAGCUCUGGAAUGCUCAUACCAUCAACAACUACAACCAACCAUUCGUCAAGGGCUACAAUGGUUCCGACUUUCUCUUAGACCCCUUCACUUACGACUACUGGCACGCAAGAAUGUCUCGUAACGGACAGACACCCAAAGACUACUCGGGUCAAUACUCGCCGGAUGUCGUUGCUGACAAGGCUUAUGGCUUCUUGGAGGAGGCUAUCGCUGGAGACGCUCCGUUCUUCGUCACAGUAGCUCCCAUCGCUCCACACAGCAACAUCGUGGCGCACCCAUUGACUGGUCUUCUCAACGAGCUGGAGGUGCUUGCUCCAGGAGCUGUCAACAAGUUUGCCAUCCCAGAGUACGCUCCACGCCAUGCCCAUCUAUUCAAGGACUACAAAAUUCCACGAACAGAAGACUUCAACCCUGAGGAGGCUAGCGGAGCAAGCUGGAUAGCUCAACUUCCAAAACUCAACGACACAAUGAUCGAGUACAACGAUGAGUUCCAGCGUGCUAGACUUCGCGCUCUGCAGUCAGUCGACGAGAUGAUUGAGCGCUUGGUUCAUCUGCUUGACUCAAAGGGCGUUCUCGAGGACACUUAUGUCAUUUUCACCACUGACAACGGCUUUCACGCUAGUCAGCAUCGCAUGCAUCCUGGUAAAGAGUGCGGCUACGAUACUGACAUUCAUAUCCCGCUGGUCAUUCGUGGGCCUGGCCUUGCUGCAGGUGAUAAGAGAAACAUCGUUACUUCCCACACCGAUAUGGCUCCUACACUGCUCUCCAUCGCUGGUGCAAGUCGCGAUGACUUCGAUGGAUUGGCUAUACCGUUGGUCAGCGACAAAAAAUCAGCUCAAAUCGCUGCUCGCGGCGAGCAUGUCAACGUCGAAUUCUGGGGCAUUGGUCUUCCUGAAGGAAAGUUCGGCAUUGUCCAGCCCGAUGGUGGUCUGUCUUAUCCCAACAACACAUACAAAGCCUUGCGUCUCGUCAGCAAGGAUUACAGUCUGUUUUACUCAGUGUGGUGUACUGGCGAGCGCGAGUUCUACGACGUUCGUCGUGAUCCAGGACAGAUGCACAACUUCUUUGCCGACCCCAAGCUCGCCAAAGACUACACGCUUGCUGGCCGCUCCUGGCAGCAGUUGAUCUACAGACUUGACGCUCUGCUCGUGGUGCUCAAGACUUGCAAAGGCAACACUUGUGUCAAGCCCUGGGAAUCUCAUCACGAAGAUGGCAGUGUUGCUAUACUGACCGAAGCGUUGAACCCAAAGUUUGACAACUACUACCUCAAGUAUCCCAAGGUGGGCUUCUCGUCCUGCGAACUUGGAUACAUCAAGUCGGCGGAAGGAAACCAGGAUCACAUUUCGCAUGCUGGAGUGAGUUGGAUGACUGACGUGGAAGCGCCCGUACAGAGAGGUCAAGAGCCUUUCCAAUACCGAGGCAGCUGGAGCGACUGGGUCUGA